AUGUCAGAUGUCCAGGAGCCGUUGCUGUGGGGGAAGUCCACCGCCACCGCGGCGGGGUUGAGCCGCAGGGGAUACACCUCGAGGCCUCCGAUCCCGGAGGAACGCGAAGUCCACCGCCUGCACACAGAGAAGGUGAAGAAGCAGAAGGACGCGGCAGAGGUGGCCGUCGCCAGGAAGAGGAAGAGGAAGGAGAAGCAUGAUAAGGCGUGCAAAAUUGCACGCGCGGAGGGAAAGCCCCAGCCCGCCACACCCAAGUCCUCCGAAGAGGAGGGGGAGGACUCCUCGGACGUCGAGCUCAACUUCUCGGACGACGACGAGGCGGCGACAGGCGCGGAUUCCCCGACGGUUUAUCGAGGGGCUGGCGAUGAGGAAGUGCUAGUGAUGCUAGGUGAGGUGAGGCUCACCCCGGUGUCGUUGGUGGAUCCGCCCCUCGUAGGGGCGGGGCGGAGGUCGCCCACACCGGCAGCGGGUGGGAGUUCGUCUAUGCCCGUGACAGGACAGAGGUCGUUCCCACCGGCGACGGGUAGGACACCCGCACCCGCGGUGUCAACGGGUGACGGCGGGUCCGCGGUGAGCGCGGAGAUGUCUGUGCAGAUGGCCUCGAGGCUCCAGGGUGAUCCGAGGAUGACGCCGAUAGGUCAGUCGUCGAGAGCUGUCAGUGUGCCGUGGGCCCGAAGGAGCGGCUCGGGCAAGCGCAGCAUGAGCGCCCGGUCCGGGUAA